AUGGGGGUAGAAGGGGCCGCGCCCCGCCCUGCGGCCUGGCUUCCAGCCCAGGCUCCCCCGGCUCUGUUUCCACAGCGACCGCGGCUACUGCCACAACACCGCCCCUACAGCCCCGUACACACAGGGCCCGGUAACGCCAGGCCCCGCCCGCCCGGUGAGCGCGGGGCCUGCCGGGAGGCGCCGUUUGAAGCGCGCAGCGGCCGUUGGAGGCGGCCGGCGCUGAGGGGCGGCUAUGGGCAGCGCCGAGCGGGCAGAUUGGGUUGAUGUUGCCAAUGAACUUUUAAGGCGCUGUCACAUAACCCAGAACAUAAAGCAUCUCUCGGAAUGUGGUGCUGAUGUGUUUGUUCGUCUUUAUGAAUCAGUCUUGGGGGAAAAAGUACCAGAUUUCAUAGCUACUCCUAGAACUCAAGAGGAUGAUGCACAUAAUGUACAAGCGGUAAUUGAUUCUCUAGCACUGGACUACUUGCAGGUCAGCUUGUCACAUAUCACCGGUGAGAACAUUGUGAAAGGAGAAAGGGAAUCUAUCAAAAACCUCCUUGAAAUAUUUGAUGGCUUAUUAGAGUAUCUUACAGAAGAAGUCAGUGAAUCCUCUUCUCAGAAUGGAGUUGAGAUAAAUGAGCCGCCCAAUAACAAAAUUCAAGUCGUAUCUCCAGAGCAGCUGGAAAGCAAUGGUGGUCAACUUACGCUGCCUUCAAAACUUUCAUCAGUUUCAGGUUCCCAGUCAGAACUUUUCAUUCGGUCCCAUGAUGUAGAUGGAUCAGAAUCUACCAGUGAAUUAAUUAGACUUGGAGAUACUGCUCAUUCAUUCUCAGAGAGAGGGGAAGAAUUCCAGUUUCCUGAAUUGUUACCAGCAGAAGUGAGAAAGGAUAUAGAAGAACUGAAAAACUCAGAGGUUAUUGCAACAGUAUCUAGACAGUUCUCUCAAGCUGAAAAGGCCAUUGUGAAGGAAAAAGAAGAUGGUUCAAUGGGGUUUGUUCAUACUGAUGAACUUCAAAAAGAUGGUUUGAGUUCCAGUGCUAAGAAACUUGGCGAGCCUAUACGCCAGGCUAUUCCCUUGCUACCACCAUUUCAGCCUGCUGAAGCCAGAUCUCAUGAUCCUGUGGAGAGACGUUAUCAGAGCUCAGCCAGCCAGUCAUCAGCUUUGGUUAACUGUCAAGAACUGGAAACUCCUACACUUGAAACAUCACUUACACAAAAAACUGAAGAUGUCUGUAGUAGUCUUCCUCUAUCAAGGAAAAUCCCUGCAGGAGACAAGAUGGUCUCAAGUGGUGCUGAAAACAACAUGGCAAAGGUUCCUUGGGUAUAUGGGACUUCUACAUCUGCUUCUCCCUUAGAUCAAAAAUUCUCACUACAUACUGAGCAAGUAGCACAGACUCCAAGACCUCAAUCAAGGCAUCUGCCUAGAAAGAAAAGCAGAUUUGAAAAUUCUACCACAGAUUCACUUGAAGAGUCUCUUUCCCCCAGAACAACAAAAGAAAAUCUAUCUAAGCAAGAGCUUCAUCAAGUAUCAGAAAAACUUUCUCGCAGGUUAAAUGAACUAGAUUUAAUGUUAAAGAGAGCUUUGGGUGGGCAUGCCAGAGAAGAGGAGUUGACAGACGAAGACAACCUGUCUCAGCACAGUGACAGUGUCAUGGAUUAUCGCAGAAGGAAAACUAAGCAAGACACACCACAUACGAAGUACCCAGUCAGGCCACGAUCCUUGUCUCCGUCCUCACCCUCAUCUCAGCGUCAACUUUUUUCUGAGUUAGAUGUACUUCACAGUAAUGGAAAAGGGCAAAUGAGGAAAAUAUGUAACCAACUGCAAAAAGAAAAGGAUGAAAGAACACAAGAAGCAAAGGUGGUUGCUAAAGCUUAUGAAGAUGAACUAAGAAUUUAUGAAGCUAGGGAGAGGCUUAGAAUUUCCAAACUCAGAGAAGAAGUCAAGGAAAUGGAACAAGAAUACAAAGAAAACAUCUUUAAAGAACCUCCAAAAAUGCCUCAGCCAGUGAAAGUUUAUUCUAGAAAAACCACACCUCGGAAUCCCAGAUACAGCCAGUGGAUUCCAAAACGAGGGACUGUGAAGCCAAAGAAAGCAGCUCCAAUGGAAGUAAGAGAUGAUGACCUCCUGCUUCAGCUACUGGAAGAGUUUCCCCACCUGCAUAUUUCCAACCACAUGAUGAAUAAAAUGUGGCGUCAGCAACUUGCACAGACUGAACAACUUAAGGCAGCUUCUGGCAGAGCUAAGCUAAAACUCCAAAAUGAGGUUCAACAAGCCCUGAGGAAGCAUGAGCUUCUUGUUGCAAUUAUUAAAAAAGAUCAAGACCAUAACAAGAGACUGCAAGAAUUUAAGCAACGUAUCUGCCGACAGAAAUGGGCUCAGAAUAAGGUGAAAGAAAAACGCCAACAAAUUGUUAGAGCCAGGAAAUACUAUGAAGAUUACCGGGUCCAGUUGCGUGCCAAGAUGAUGCGGGCUAGGACACGGGAAGAAAGGAUAUUUAAAAACUUAUUUGAAGAAGGCUUAGAAAUUCAGAAGCAAAGACUAAAGGACCUCAGAGCAUAUGCUCAAGAGAUGCGUGCUGAGCAAAGAAGAGAGCAUCAAAAUGAGUUAGAGUCCAUGGAGAACUAUUACAAAGAUCAGUUUUCCAUGCUAGCAGAAGCUUUAUCUCAAGAACGCCAAGAAAUCCAAACCAGAGAGAAAGCACAAGCACAAAUGCUGCAGAAAACAAAAAGAGAAUUGAGAUCAAGGAUGGAAAAGGAAAUACAACAACUGCAAACUGCAAUAAUGCAAAAUGAUGAUGACACCUUUUUUCAAGAACUAGAAGCAGACAGACUGAAAUCUCGACUUCAGAUGGCUUCCUUUCAGUAUAGCAAAAGCAAUUUCUCAUAAGACAUGGUAAAUAUCACUGCAGCUGUCUGGCUAAGCUGGUGGGAAUCUUUAAGAACUGCUGUAACAAGAAGAUGGUGUGUAGCUGUUGUUCUCUAAGACCAGAUCUGUCAUCUUGACGGGUCGGAGGGGUAGUUGCUGGUGUCUGGAACUUUGAGCACUUUUAUGAUCAUCAAUAAAGUUUUAAAGUACUUUCUAUCUUCUUAGAAAGGCUGAGAUAAUGUUGAACUCAACACAGAAGAAGUAGGAUGAAGUCAUCCUAGGAUGGCUUCAUCACAAGAUGAAGGCCACGUGUGUUUUAGUGAAGCUGUCUCAGUGAAACAGUUGAUGCUAACCUUCCUAUAUUCUUAUGCUUAUUCUACUGCUGGAAUUAAAAAGCCAUACUAACAGUAUUGAUCAGAAGUAACUGGGUUAGAAAGCUGACAAAAAAGACAAGAUCUCAAAAACAAUAUCAACACUUCACGUUUCCUUUGGAAAGAUGAGAUAGAGAAUGCUGCCAUAAACCUGACAAACAUCAGUAAUUUUAAUAUAUUACUCAAGGGAAGGCUACCUAUAUUACAGAAUACUGUUUGCAAUGAAGACCAUAUUUUAUAAUUGCUGUUAUUUAUAGCAAUCCAUAUAAAAGACUAUUAUGUAAACUAUAAAUAUAUUGGAAAAAACAUUGCUUGAGAUAGGAAACAAUGGAAAUUCUUAGGAAGCAGUGAUAUACAAGCUUCCACAAGAACUGAAUCCUUUGAGGGACCUGUGGAUGGCCGUCUUAAUGGUAUGUCCCCCUUGAAUGUAAUUAUGUACAUAUUUUUAAGUCUCUGCAAUUUUUUUCUUACAGUAACUGCUGGGAGAGGGCUACAUGUUAGGUCACCUGUAUUUGGUGUGCUGCCUUUUUAAGGCCUUGUUGUAGGUGUUUUGAUCACUGGAUUUCACACCAGGGUUUCAAAACUACAAAAGCCAAGGCACAAACAAGCAACAUUUUGCUUCACUUGGUCUACUUCAAAAGGUGAGCAUGGUAACCCUACAUACAAAUAGACAACCACUAACAACAAUCAUUUUGUUGUCUUAAAAGCUGAUUGUUUGGACUAAAGCAAUGUGUACUUACAUUAUUUUUCUCAAAAAUACCCUAUGAUUUUGUUUAGGUGGAGGCAGAGUAAUUCUAGUUCUGUCAGCCAUAAGAUGUUAGAGCCAGUAGCAAUUAAAAAUUCCAGCAUUCAGCUUUUACCUUACUUCAUGGUUAUAAGGUCUGUUUUUAACAUUGUCACUGUAACUAUCUUCACAGACUCAUCACUUACUUCUGCUGUAAUACAUUUAGUAGAAAAUUCAGGUUUCAGCAGCCAUACCCUAUGAGAUGGAAACAUACGCAGGUGAAUACUUAAACUGAGAAGUAAUUGCAUAAAGACAAACUGCUAAUUAGGAAAGCUGAUUACUGAUAUAUUCUCCUCUGCUUGAGGCAAUAGGAAUUUUAUAAUAGUCUCAGUAUCGAGGCUGACCUAAAGAGUAGUUUAAAAUAGGCUCUAGUACAGGAGUUCUUGCUCGUAAUUGCCUAGUGCAAAAAAGUGAUAUAAACAUAAUGGAAUGGCAUUUUAUAGUCAGAACCUGCCAUGAGAUGGUGUCUCUUACGGAACUGACAACAGAGUGAAGUCUCAUGCUUGGAGGGAAAAAAAUCUGCCAGGAAAAAAAAACAACUGGACAUGUUUCCUUUACAGAUUAAACAAAACAGCUGGUAGUUUAAGCAUGAUAUACUUCACGUAAAAAAACACACCCUGACUUUAACAACCAUUUGCAAGGAGUUACUAAAAACUAGGUUAAUUUCAAGUCUCUCUCUAUUUAAGGGACAAUAUUUACCAGCUAGGUUAAAUUUUAACAAGUAUUUACAAGUUCUAUCCUCUUCUUCCCAUAAGGAAGGUUGUUUAGCUUUUGCUGACUUUUUGGAGGAGACAUCCAUUCACUAACACUGAGAGGAAGUCCUUUCCAAGAAACACACAUACCAUUAACAUGAAAGCCAAAAGUAAGACUAUUUUUUUCAACCAGGACAUUCAGCACAAUUUAGUACAACUGUAGGUAGCAGCCUGUAGAAAGACACUAAGAGCUGAAUUUUUUUCUCCUGAGACAAAGCUGAGUUACUGAAAAAAAGCUUUUGUUACAUUUUAAUGUUUAAUUAAGAAACACUUAAAACUUUUUAAACCAUUGAUGCUGUGACAGUGCAAACAGCAUACAAUUUAUUGCUCAACUUCUGCAUGGGUACAUACAUUAAGUACUUAAAAACCAUUUUAUACAGAUUUUUUUUUUGUUAAAGCUCAUGUAACAGCUGGGUGAAAAUACAAUGAUAUCAAUGCUAAAACACUCUGUAAUAAAUACAAUGGAAAUGAUAAACUAAGAACGGUCAGUUUGUGGAGGAGUAAUUACACUUGUAUAAACUAAUUACAGCUACAGACAAAGCUCUGAGGAUGUGGUAGAGCCAGAAACCUACUACAUAGUGUAAAGUACAACAAAUGGCACCUGUUAACUAUAUGGUGCUGUUUAAAAUCUGAAGCAUGCUACAUUAAGCUGUAUGAUGCAUACUUAUGAUAUAGAAGCAAAGCUUUUACUUCCAUCAAUGCAGCUAGUUUAAACGCACCAGAAGUUCAAUACAGAUGUAGUGUUGUAGAACAAGAAUUUAAAAACAGCUUGUGUGCUCUGGACUUUAGUACAACACAAAAAUUUGGUAAAAAUAAAUCAGUUUAGGGAAACUGAAACUAUGUGCAAAAAAAUUAGAAUACAUACUGUACAAAGCACCAUUACAAAACUCUUUACACCGAGAAAUUAAAUCCUCUGAAACUCAA